UCCGUAGUCAUACAACUGGUAAACAUGUUGAGAUUUGUGGUACUUCUUUCGGCUAUUGCCUGCGCCUUGGCAGGAACCAUCCCUGAGGGUUUGCUGCCCCAGCUGGAUGGCCGCAUUGUCGGUGGCUAUGAGACGAGCAUCGAGGAACAUCCCUACCAGGUGUCGCUGCAGCGCAGCGGCUCCCACUUCUGCGGUGGCUCCAUCUACUCCCAUGACAUCGUCAUCACUGCUGCUCACUGCCUGCAGUCGAUCACGGCCAAGGAUCUGAAGGUUCGCGUGGGCAGCACCUACUGGCGCUCCGGCGGCAGCGUGCACUCGGUGCGUGCUUUCAGGAACCACGAGGGAUACAACGCCAGGACCAUGGUCAACGACAUUGCCAUCAUCCGCAUCGAGUCCGACCUGAGCUUCCGCUCGAGCAUUAGGGAGAUCCGCAUUGCCACCUCCAACCCUCGCGACGGAGCCGAGGCUGUUGUCUCCGGCUGGGGCACCACCGAGUCCGGCGGCAGCGUCAUUCCCGACCAUCUCCUGGCCGUCGACCUCAAGAUCGUUGAUCGCGAGAAGUGCGCCUCCAGGGAGUUCAGCUACGGCAGCAAGAUCAAGGACACCAUGAUCUGCGCCUACGCCGAGCACAAGGAUGCCUGCCAGGGCGAUUCCGGUGGCCCCCUCGUCUCCGGCAGCCGUCUCGUCGGUGUCGUCUCCUGGGGCUAUGGCUGCGGCGAUGUGAGGUAUCCCGGUGUCUACGCUGACGUCGCCCACUUCCACGAUUGGGUCGAGAAGACCGCCGAUGAGCUGUAAGGCUCUCACCGUCUAGUCCCUAGACAGAAAACACUUCAAUAAACAGCAAUCAAAAUAA